AUGAAAUUAAAUACUCCUUUCAGGUGUAAUGACAAGGUUGAAAUGGAGGAUCUAGAAAUGGAAUCUCAACAAAAUUCCAGUGAAGUGGUGGAGGGAGCCUGUAACAGUACAGUUGGCCCUCAGGAAAUUUUAGACGCACUGGGAUAUGAGUUGAUGGCAUCAGUUUACUGUGUUAGUCUUUUUCUUACUCUUUUAAUGUUCUCUUACGCAUUUUAUCACAGAGUUCGAUCAAAAGAGUUAAAUCUUUCUCUGACAUAUCUUCAAUUCUUCCCUUCCCUUCUUCUAAUCCCGACCCUUCUUCCCUUCUUCUUCCCUGGUAUAUCCAGGCUUAUAUCCUUCACCCAGGUAACCAGGGACCCUUCUUCUUCCCUUCAUCUUCCCUUCUUCGAUUCACCGACAAAGGGUACAUUCUGGGCCGAGCGCUGCGGCUAG